CACCACCAACACCACCUCCAUCAGACGCCCGCGCGCACCCACAUUAGCCUUCUGCGGCUGCCACGCUCGCCCUCCCCCCUCCCCCGGCAACGUCAGCUUCUCCCGUCCCGCGCCCAAUGUACCCCUGGCUGCCGAAGCCUGUCAUGCGCAGCCCGGCAGCCCCUUGAAAACCGCGACGCUCCCCAUGUACUUCUUCGCCUCAUCCGCCCCAGAGCUUGCAGCUCCCCCGCCAUGAUCUGUGUGUUGCUCCGUCUCGCCGCCUCCAACGGGUGACGUGCUAUUAUACCUCCUCCAAACCCAUAUCGCGCCUCCGGCGACCGUCAACAUGCGCCGACAGGCGCCUGCCGCCGCCGCGGACGAACCCAGCGGGCCCCCGCCAACAAUUGCAGCGGACCCUGAAACACCUCAGGGCCUCUUGGUCGCCGCCAUCUGGGCCGAGGACGUCGAUGCCGUGGGGCAUGUCUUGGAUCAGGACCCCGAACUCGUGAGCGCCAAGCUUGCCCACCACGGCCUGUUACACCGCCGCUGGCUCGGUGAGGUUCAGCGAAUGGAGGGCUUCUUUGCGCGGGAUCGAAGUCUGCUGGCCGAGCCCGCCGUCAUCUUCGCCGCCAAGAUUCCCUUCUACAAGAACAUUUACCGGUCAACGAGGGCCAUGUCACCCGGGAGCCUCGCCGUCCUCGGCCUGUUUGUGGAUCGCGGGGCAUCCCUCAAUCAGCCGUGGCCGGACGCCGAGCACUGGAUAAAGGACGGGGUAAUGGAGACGUGUGGCCAGUACGACAGCCCCGAGGCAAUGGGCCUCUUGAUCCGCAGCGGUGCCGAGGUGGACGUCGGGCAGGUCUGGGAGCCCCUCGGGCUGGGAACGUUGGCGCUGCAGAACGGCGCCGCGCGGACGGUGCAGGCACUCUUCGAUCUCGGCGCCGCAUAUGUCCCUUUGGCGCACGGCCUGCCGCACGGCACGUUAGAGGAUGUGCAGGAACCUCUUGUCCAGGCGGCCCAAGGCGGGCAAGAAGACGCUGUAAACGUCUUGCUCCAGAGUCUGAGCCAGUCUAAUUUGACGAGACGCAUAUCCGGAACCCACGACACCGAUUUGACCGUUCUUGAUGCACUCCUCUUGGCCGCAACAGACUGUCUGCAGCCCAAAGAUAGCACAGACUCGCCCAUUGCGCCGAAUCGGCCGUGGCUUGGCCAGAUGUCGUGGCUGGAGCGGCAAGAGAGGUUAGUCCACCGCCUCUUGGAUGCUGGCGCCGACCCAGGUGCGGCCGACAGCGCGGGCAGGACGGCAUUUCAGUGCGCCUGCCGUUGGGCUGGCGCGGAUCUGAUCCGUCGAUUCGCGCUGUCCGUACCUGGCGGCGUCAACCAGCAACUCCCGUACAUCGACUGGCAGGACAAGGCAUCGUAUGCCGUGGAGACGAUUCGCACAGGAGAGAAGGUGACGUAUCUGCAUGUUGCCGCCGGCUAUCACAACGCUGCUGCUGUAGCGUGCCUGCUUGAGGCUGGUGCUGAAUUGCUCUGCGAUGAGCACGCGCGCACGCCAUUGCACUGGUGUUUUCUUACCAGGGACGACUUUGUCCAGACAGAGGUGCGCGAUUCGACGUCCCUUACGCCGCAGGUACGAGCUCUUUACGGAGUAGGCGACUCGGAACAGCAACGCUUGCCGUGGGCGCCACCCAUGGAUGUGAUUGCCAUUCUCCUGCCAUCUGUACAGGAUGUGAGCAAGACGGACACGUCGGGCCGGAGCACGCUUCACUUUGCUGCGCAGAAUCGCUACUGGGAGGCCAUGGCUGUGCUUAUUCGAAGGGGCCUGGAACCCGCCAUGCAGGACGGAGACGGACUUACCAUCUUUCACUGCAUGGUGGCGGCGCCGAAGCCUUCUGUUGCCGCGCCGGAGCACCAGGCGUACAUGCUCGGGCUCGAGCUUUUGCGAGAGGUGCUACGGGAGAGGUCGGACGUCGGCGUCGACACUGUAGACACGGAUGGCCUGACUGCGCUCCAUCAAGCUUGCGACCUGGGCCACGUGCUCAUGGUCGAGCUCUUCCUGACGCUGGGCGCCGACCCCGACUGUCGAGACAGCGUAGGAUGGACGCCGCUGUGCUGCGCGGCGGGCUCUCCCUGCCAGGACCGCGGGGAGACGCUCGAGCGCAUGUCGCCGAACGAGGCGACGGAGAGGAGGGACAAGGCAUUGUACAUGAAGGGCUUGCUGCUCGAAGCUGGCGCGGAUCCGACCUUGACGGCGGACUCUGGCGUGACAGCGGAGGACAUUGAGUAUGACAUUGCAAGGAAGCUGGUUGAUUGCGUGAGUAGAUACGCCGAAGAGCUCUAUGAUUGA